AUGUCGAAUUUAGAGUCCAGACAGCAUGUCUCCCCAGACUCAGGCUUCCCGAUCUGCUUGCAUCCGCACUUCCAUCCCAAGAUAAGAGAUCAUGUACCUCCUGAGCCAGUUCGAGAGGAGAAAUUUCCGGAGAAGGAUAGGGCAUCCUUCGCCGAUCCUGAGAAGAAAGCCCUCCUCUCAGCUGCGAAGAGGUUUGAUUUGACAGAGUCAAUCGGCACAGUAUUGGAAAGUGUGCAGUUAUCACAGCUCUCUACACAACAACUGGACGAACUUGCACUUCUUGUUACUGAGCGCGGGGUUGUCUUCUUUCGGAGCCAGGACCUGACAACUGAUGGUCAGGUUAAACUCUUUGAGCAUUACGGCGCUCUCGACCGUCAUCCCGCUCAGAAGGAUUUGAAGUACGUUGUUAUCAAGGGCAGCCGCGAGGAUCACCGUUAA